CGAGGUCCGGUGAUUAUCAGUCGAUCAAGAAAACGUAUAUGGGCAAGUGACGUUUUAUAGUCCGAAAAGGGAUGGUUGUGACGUGAGUGCUGGGUAGAGAGAGUAUCCGCAGGUGGACUCAGGGAGCCUGGAAAAUGGCAAAUGGAGAAGAUGACGAUGUUAUUCAUCUGGCCAGCUUCAACCUUCACCGUAGCCAAGGCCGUAGGGCCCGCAGACGGGCCUUCAUCACCAUCUCAGACGACUCUGACGAGGAGCCGCUGCAGCUGGUGCCGGGCCGGCCCGUGCUGGUCCCGGACGAGCAUGACGAUGAUGUCAGCAUCCUCGAGCCCAGCAUGGCUCCAGUGAGAAGGCGUAUGAUUCGCCCAGCUGCAUCGUGGACCAGGUCCUCAGGACAUGCAUCUGCAUUCUCCAGAGCAAGGUCUACAGUGACACCCUCCAGAGACGCACAGACCAACACCACCCAAAUCAGACCUCUGAUCCGAGCUCAGACCCAGCCCCAUCCUGGACCCUCCACAUCCACCCAGCCCCAGCCUGGACCCUCCACAUCCACCCAGCCCCAGCCUGGACCCUCCACAUCCACCCAGCCCCAGCCUGGACCCUCCACAUCCACCCAGCCCCAGCCUGGACCAUCCACAUCCACCCAGCCCCAGCCUGGACCAUCCACCCAGCCCCAGCCUGGACCCUCCACAUCCACCCAUCCCCAGCCUGGACCCUCCACAUCCACCCAGCCCCAGCCUGGACCCUCCACAUCCACCCAGCCCCAGCCUGGACCCUCCACAUCCACCCAGCCCCAGCCUGGACCCUCCACAUCCACCCAGCCCCAGCCUGGACCCUCCACAUCCACCCAGCCCCAGCCUGGACCAUCCACAUCCACCCAGCCCCAGCCUGGACCCUCCACAUCCACCCAGCCCCAGCCUGGACCCUCCACAUCCACCCAGCCCCAGCCUGGACCCUCCACAUCCACCCAGCCCCAUCCUGGACCCUCCACAUCCACCCAGCCCCAGCCUGGACCCUCCACAUCCACCCAGCCCCAGCCUGGACCCUCCACAUACACCCAGCCCCAUCCUGGACCCUCCACAUCCACCCAGCCCCAGCCUGGACCCUGCACAUCCACUGAGCUCCAGCCUGGACCCUCCACAUCCACCCAUCCCCAGCCUGGACCCUCCACAUCCACCCAGCCCCAGCCUGGACCAUCCACAUCCACCCAGCCCCAGCCUGGACCCUCCACAUCCACUCUGACUACACCUCCCACGGAAGAAGUGGUAUUGACAGAGACCCAGCCUAGCACCCUCUCCCACCCUCGACCCAGACAAAUUCUACAGCAGGCUCGGUUAAUUUGGGGUCCUCAGGUUCAUCCUCUGUUUCUCAGGCCCCCCCCCCAGCACAGACCCCAGGGCCCCAGACCCCAGGGCCCCAGCGCUGCGAUGGCACCCACUGUGCUGAUUGCAGCUGCUCCAGAGCGACUGGGACCCCCAGAAACCGGCCAUCGGAUUACCCUGGGCAGCCAGGCUGCAGCAGGGGCACAGCCCAACCCUAACACCCAGGACAGAGCUCCACAGUGGGGACAGAAACGGGGGGUGCCUCCCCUGGAGCCUCAGGUGGUAGUGGUCUACCAGCCAGUGCCAAACCUUGACCCAGUAGCCACUGUUUCCCAUCCAGAAGGGGCAAACCCUGUGGUGCAACCUAACCCCCCAGCCCUGGCCUUAGGCCCAGCCUUAACCCUAGCCGCUAAUGCCCCAGCCUUAGGCCCAGCCCCCAACCCCCCAGCUCCAGCACCCAUGCCCAGGCUGGAGGAGGAGAGGCCAGGGCCCUCAGCACCACGGUGGGGCCAGGGGGAGGAGGGGUCAGUGCCUCCACAUGUCAGAGCUCUGGUCCAGGGGGUGUUGGACCUGCUCCCUGAUGUCCAGGAGAACUACGUAGCAGAGUUGAUCCAGCAGAACGAUAUCAAAGAUUUGAAUGAUGUGUGUAACAUGCUCCUGGAGAACCCAGGAUAUCCUCAGAGAGAAAGCACAGCAUCUUCUCAGAGCAGCAUCCUUCUGGAAGCCAGCAACACACACACACAGGUGAGUGAGGACCUGUUUGACUACGCCAGGCUGGGGCCGGUGGGACCAGAGACACUGAUGCAGGCUGCAGACCUCCUCAUGGGAGACUUCCGAAUGCUCAGCUGCCUCGACAUCAAGUGGGCGCUCAACGCUCUCAAGGGACACUAUGCAAUCACACGCAAGGCCUUAUGUGAAGCCCUGAAGAAGUGGCAGGAGGUAGCAGACCCCUCAGGGAAGAAGCGCAGAAGAAGAGACUCAUCAGAGCGCUGCUACAUCGACUUCCUGUUCGAACACGGCUCAGCUAAGUUCUCCAAGAGGAUGUUCUUCCUGGAGAAGGACCGGCGAGGCUGCAGAACCUUUAGUACUGCUCUAGAACCUUCUCUGCAGAAGGAGGUCUCCUUCUACCAGCAGAAGACCAAGGAACAAGCCGAGCAUGAGGACUUCCUCUUGGCUCUGCAAGUGAAUGAAGAGCAGUACGAGAAGGACGGCCAACUGAUCGAGUGUGGCUGCUGCUGUGGAGAGUUUGCGUUUGAGAAGAUGACCCAGUGCUCCGACGGUCAUCUGUUCUGUAAAGAGUGUCUGGUCAAGUACGCCCAGGAGGCUGUGUUCGGCUCUGGAAGGUCGGAGCUGAGCUGCAUGGAGGUGGGCUGCCUCUGCUCCUUCCCAGUGUGUGAGCUGGAGAAGGUCCUGCCAGAGAGCAUUCUGGGUAAAUACUACGAGAGACAGGCCGAGGAGGCCGUAGCUGCCACCUGCGCUGACGAACUAGUACGCCCCCCCCCCUCUCUGCAGGAGAGCUGCAGGAAGUGUCAUGUGCAGUGGAAGCAGCAUGUGGGGAAGUCAUGUGACCAGGUCCUGGAGAGGGAUGAGAUCCGCAUGCGGGUGCUCUUUGAGGAGCGCAUGACCGCGGCCCGGGUCAGGAAGUGUGUGAAGUGUGGGAUGGGGCUGGUCAAGUCGGAGGGCUGUAACAGGAUGGGGUGUCGCUGUGGAAGCUACAUGUGCUACCUCUGCCGCGAGCCUAUCUGUGGCUACAACCACUUCUGCCAACACGCCCGAUCGCCUGGCGCCCCCUGCAGGCAGUGCCGCAAAUGCUCCCUCUGGACGGACCCAACGCAAGAUGAUGAACGCAUCAUUCAGGAGAUCCAGAAGGAGGGAGAGACAGAACUCAACAAAAAGAGUGCAGAGAAUUCAGCAAAGAGAGUCGGCCCGCCGGCUGCCAAGCAACCACGGAUCGGCCCUCCUGCCCAGAUCGGCCCCGCCCCUCCUCCCCCCCCAGCAGUCCGAGCUCCCCUAUUGGUGCCCCCGCAGGUGGUGCCCCCGCAGGUGGUCCUCCCUCCGGCCCCGCCCCAGGCCCGGCUGCUGAUCCCCCUGUACGUUCCCCCCAACCCCCACCUGCGCCCCUUCAACUACAACCUCAACAACAACGUGGAGCUGAACCUGCCCAUGCACUACGGGCCCCCGCACCAGUACUACAGACGCUUCUAGCACGCACACUCUGCCUUGAACAGAGGCAGGUCUCUGCCUUGAACAGAGGCAGUUCUCUGCCUUUACUCUGGAGAACCCUUCAGUUUUCUUUUUGUACUCUUCUGUGGGUGGGCUGAACGCUGCACGUUCUGCGAAGGCCUGACAGUUCGCAGCCAACCAGACCUCUUUACUGGAAUAAAGAUAUUUUUGAUUAAUGAAGUCACAAAAUUGUUCUGUAUAAAAAUGAGAGUGCUGUUUCUGCUUAAUAAACGUUCUUGUUUCCACACUUCUA